GCGGGCAGUCGGACCAUGAGGUCGGCGGGGCCGGCGCUGCACGUGUUGCAGACGGUGCAGGCGCUGCACGUGUUGCAGGCGCUGCUGCUGCUGCUGCUGCUCCUGCUGCAGGCCGCGCGCGGACAAGCUCCGGCCGCUCCAGUUUCACCUGCCAGCAAUCAUACCAGUGCUACAUCAGAACUUCUGGCCAACUCGACAACUAUCGACUCCAACACCACAUCCAAUUCUACCAGACCUAAGUUAUCUCCAGUUCCUCCCACCUCCAACACCACAGUUGGUACUUUAAAACCUGCAGCAUCCAGUACCUCGAAACCAAAUGCCACAACAACGCAGCCUUCCAGUACCUCAAAAUCUCCAACGGUGUCGAUGACGACGACAACAACAAGCAUCGCUCAAAACACAUCCCACAUCUCCAAAACCUCUGCAGUGACAGUGCUCAACAACACAGGCAUGGCGGCUUCUGCCUCAUCAAGCGUGGCAACAAAUAUUGAUGCCAAAUUAAGCAGAGGAUCAAAAUUUGAUAUUGGAAGUUUUAUAGGUGGCAUCGUAUUAACCCUUGGACUCUUAUCUGUUCUGUACAUUGGAUGCAAAACCUACCAUUCCAGAAGAGGUAUUCGCUACAGAACUAUCGACGAACACGAUGCCAUCAUUUAAAGAAAAUCCUUCCAGGGGAUGGCAGAAGGAAAGAAGCACGUGCCACCCCUCCUGGCUUUGUGCUGUUCUUUCUUUUGAAAACUGCUCCCUUCCUGAAAGCAAUAUAAAAGGACAGAACUUGCAAAGUACAGCAUAUUCUUUCUACGAGUGAUGGGCAAAAAUUAUUUCAUUAUUUACAGGUAACAGUUUUCUUUUUUUUUAAAGGCACUUCAGAGUAGGGAGGUCACAGGUGUAAUUUUUUCCACGCAUACCCACUUGAAGUCAAAUCCGUCUUGGCCAGGGAUAAAGGAACUAUUUUGGCCAGUGAAACAGGAUGUCUGUGGUCCAGGCAGUAGCCAAGAGCGGGGCCAAGGGAAAAGGGUUGAACUCUUGAGAGGCAGCCUCGGCGGCCCAUUGUAGCUCUUUCCCUCCCCUGUUCCUGGCCUCAGGAUAACUGUGGGCCGGGAGGUUACCACUGCCCCCCGGCACCGGAACGGAACAGGGCAGGGACCGCCGUGGGUGCCACAGGCUACAUUUUGUCCAUCACCAGUUUGGGGAUAGUGAUGGACAGUCAGCAUAGGCCACAGAGAGGCAAUAAUGGGAAAGCAGCAGCCCCCAGGCUUCCCUGCCCUCAGAGCUGUCCGAAAGCCAAGCCCGCAGCCAUUCUCCCACCAAUCCCACAGUCCAGGUGCUCCACUCUGGAAGCAACACCUUCCCAUCUCAGGCAGCUAGCCCCUCAGCCUCUAACUACUGAGGAGACGCUCUAGGCAUAAGCUCCUUGCGUUUCAUGGAAGCUGUAACCACCCUCCCUCCGUCUUUAAAACGAACAUCUAGCAUCCUGACUGCCUCUCUGGUUUAAACCCAUUUUCAACCCUUUCUUUGUACUAAGCCUGAGACUAGAAUGACAUCUCCCACACAGAGAAGUUCAUCUGAGUGGACUCUUUAGAGGUUUUGAUUCAAGCCAUUAAUGGCAGGAAAAAUGCAGAUUCUUUUUUUUUUCCUUUAGCUUGGCUUCAUUCAACCCAGUAAGCAACAUUACAGUUUGAGGGAACUUUAGCUGGUCAGUAACUUUAGCUGGCCCCUAUGACUUUCCAGAGGCAAGUUCUAUGUUUUGGGUAAAGAACAGUGAGCUCCUCGGUGGGGAGUAUAGUCAUGAAUCCCAAGAGAGACAUCUCAGGGAUGGAGCCCUGCGCUGACUGAAAAAUCAGGGCCCCCAGCUACGUGCCAGUGGAAUUGAAGGUGGUAAGGCGCGGACGUGCCGGCUUGGCUUGAGGUGGAGCUGGCAAAGUGCAUCCGUGGGCUGCUAGGGCCUUGAGGAGCCUGAAACCAGGGGGAAAGCAGCAGUAAGGGAGAGAGGGCGUGGGUUACCGUUUCAAGAGGAGAUUGGGAUUUCAUCUCCAGGACCUUCUGCUCCAGCAGGAAAAAUUCCAGAAAAAUCAGGUCAGUCUCAACAGUCUUGCCAGAACUGAGUCUCGGUGGCUGUAAUAAACCAGCAGAAAAUGAAAACACAUAUCAGGCUGAAUCCAAACACACUGUCCAGCUAAUUCAGGCCCCCAGAAUACAUUUGGACCUCAAAUAUUUUGAUGUUUAAUGAGGAAGAUAGGAUUUUGAUGGGUGGGCAUCUACAGUAACUGGAUGAUUAAAGGUAAAGUAAAUUUCAAUCAUCCCUUCAUUGACAUGUUUUAGACACCAAGCCUAGAUAGUACGAGCAAAAGAAUAUUUGUUUCUGUUCAGUCUUGAAGUGAGAGAGUCUGUCAGCCACACAUCGUAGUCAUCUGGUUUGUGGAACAAAGAGUUCAAGCAGAUAGUUAAUCACAAUGCCUCACAAGUCUAGAGAACAGCCACCCACUAGCAAUGCUGAAGCAAUCCUCUUUGUGGUACCACAGAAAUACAGGUUUGAAGGUUACUGGAAGCUGAAGUGCAGGGUAAAUUUCAAACUGGCUUCUUUUAGGGCUUUGAGCAAAGCAUUCAAGCCAUGAUUUUGGUUUGUUCCUUUUGAAAAUGAGGUGGCUCAUAUCUUCUUCACAGGUAUUUUAUAGGGCUUAGUUAAGGAUCCCUGCCUCUCUGCAGCUAGUAUUUCCAGUCAAAGAACUUUUGAAUAAUGGAGCCAACCAGGAUUCCUUUGUUUAAUAUUUGUAUAGCACUUUGAAGAUGAAAAGCUCGGGUUCAAUAGUCAGCACCACUAUUCGCUUUGAAAUGUUUAACUUUGUUUUGAUAGAAUAUGGGCCUUUUCCUCUUUUAUACAAAAUACUUUGUAAAAAUAGAAUUCAAGCAUAUAGUCUAUACACAAUUUAAUUUUGCUUUUUCAGCAACACUUUUAAAGCAAAAACCUAUUUUAUUAUCUAAGCAUUGAUUUUGGUAUUUUCUUGUAUUGUGCAACUGAGAUACACUGACUUAUUUUCAGAUAAUAAAAUAAAAAUUUGCACUCAGUGACCAGAAAAA